AUGAUUUUCGAUCCAAGCGAUAUUGAGCUCCCAUCUUCUUACGAGAAGGUCGAAACAACGGGACAUGUCGUUGUCUCGCAUUAUCCUCCUGGUUCACCAACAGCUACACCUGUAGUUGUUGUUACGCUCAACCGCCCUGCUAACCAGAAUGCCUUCACUGGGCAAAUGGUUCAGGACUUCGAGAAGCUCUUCCCAAUGUUCGAUGUCGAUGAGCGAGUCAAAGUCAUUGUUCUGACAGGUGCUGGCAAGACAUUCUGUGCUGGUGCUGAUCUUGAUAUUGGAUUCGGCGGUGGUCAAAAGAGAAAGGAGAGAUAUGCGGAUCAUCGUGAUGGUGGCGGACGAGUAGCACUAGCUAUCUACAGAUGCCGCAAGCCAACCAUUGCAGCAAUGCAAGGCUCAGCCGUGGGAGUCGGCAUGACAAUGACUCUACCAGCAAUUAUCCGAAUCGCAUAUGAGAAAGGCAAAUACGGCUUCGUCUUCGCCCGCCGAGGAAUAACGAUGGAGUCCUGCUCAUCAUUUUUCCUGCCCAGGCUAGUAGGCCACUCUAACGCCAGCUAUCUAGUCAGCACAGGCGGUGUAUUCCCACCAACAUCGAAGCACUUCGGCGAUCUCUUCAACGAGGUUCUCCCUGACCCGUCUAAAGUUUUCCCUCGUGCCAUCGAGUUGGCCACUGAGAUUGCGGAGAAUGUUAGCCCCAGCGCAUCAUAUCUGAAUCGGGCACUUAUGUGGCGUGAUACUGGGUCUGCGGAAGCUGCGCAUCUUAUUGAGUCGCAUGUUAUAUAUCAUAUGUUUGCUGCUCCGGACCAGAAGGAGGGUGUUUCUGCUUUCUUUGAGAAGAGGAAGCCGAAUUUUAGGACUAAUCUUGAUGAAAAUCCGCCGGCUAAUGUGCCGUGGUGGACUGAGGUUGAUACUGGUCGGAAUCCGAAGGCUAAGAUUUCGAAGCUUUAG